GUCCGAAGAUCGGCGAAGCGGGCAAGUUCGAGGGCGAGUUCACGAUCCAGAAGAACGCCCCGUACAUCCAGCACCGCAUCGACGUGUGGGAUAGGCUCGUCAAGAAGCACAGGGAGGAAAUCGCCGCCCAGCCGAAGAAGGCCAUCAGCAUAGAGCUGCCAGACGGAACGAUCAAGGACGGCAAGGCUUUCGAGACCACGCCGAUGGACAUCGCGAAGGGCAUCAGCAAGGGCCUGGCCGACUCGGUCGUUGUGGCCAAGCUGAUCUACAAGGAGAAGGUGGAGUCCCUCAAGCAGGUGGUGGCCGCCGACGCCGAGUCGGAUGAGGAGCAAGACGAGGACGAGCAGAGCGUGCUCUGGGACGUCAGCAGGCCCCUGGAGGGUAGCUGCCGUAUGGAGCUGCUGAAGUUCGACCACCCGCAGGGCCAGGACGUGUUCUGGCACUCGAGCGCCCACAUCCUGGGACAGGCGAUGGAGAGGCAGUACGGGUGCCACCUGACCAUCGGCCCGGCCUUGGAGUCGGGCUUCUACUACGACGGCUUCUUCGGCAGCAAGAAGCUGGGCCAGGAGGACUUCGAGAGCCUUCAGAAGGUCAUGAUGGAGAUAUCCAAGGAGAACCAGCCGUACGAGCGCUGCGUGCUCACCAAGGAGGAGGCCCUGGAGCUGUUCAGCGAGAACCCCUUCAAGGUGCAGCUGAUCACCAACAAGGUCCCCGACGGCAGCCUGACGUCGUGCUAUCGGAGCGGGCCCCUCGUGGACCUCUGCAGGGGGCCCCACCUGCCGAGCACGGGGCGCGCCAAGGCCUUCGCCGUCACCAAGAACUCCGCCGCCUUCUGGCUCGGGGACCAGAACCUGGACUCCCUGCAGCGCGUCUACGGCGACAAACACCUCAAGGACUGGAAGAAAUUCCAGGAGGAGGCAGCCAAGCGGGACCACAGGGCCAUCGGAAAGGCGCAGGACCUCUUCUUUCAUCACCCGAUCGCGUCGCCGGGCAGCACCUUCUGGUUCCCCAUGGGCGCCAGGAUCUACAACACCCUCAUCGACUUCAUGCGCAGCGAGUACCGCCUCCGCGGCUUCACGGAAGUGGUGACGCCCAACAUGUACACGGCGAAGUUGUUCAUGACGUCUGGGCAUUACCAGAAUUAUGCCGACGGCAUGUACAGCCUGGACAUAGAGAAGGAGUUGUGGAUGCUUAAGCCAAUGAAUUGCCCUGGCCACUUCCUGAUGUUCGACAGCAAGGUCAGGAGCUACAAGGAGUUGCCCAUCAGGUACGCCGACUUUGGCACCCUGCACCGCAACGAAGCGAGCGGUGCUCUAACUGGGCUGACCCGGGUGCGGCGAUUCCAACAGGACGACGCCCACAUAUUCGUAUCCAUGCAGGGGGUCAAGAACGAAGUCAUAGACGCUCUCGCUUUCCUCGACUACGUCUAUAAGAUCUUCGGCUUCACUGCUACGUACGCGCUCUCCACUAGGCCCAAAAAGGCGCUCGGCGCCAAGAGCCUGUGGGACGACGCCGAGGCGCAGCUUAAGGCGGCGCUCAACGAGUCGGGCCGCGAGUGGUCUCUGAAUCCUGGCGACGGUGCCUUUUACGGCCCAAAGAUCGACAUCAGGCUACAGGACGCCAUGAAGAGGAAACACCAGUGUGGCACAAUCCAGCUGGAUUUCCAGAUGCCUAUCAGGUUCAAUCUGCAGUUCAAGAAGGAGGGCGUGGAUGACGUUCCAGAGGACAAGGAGGACGACAAGGAUUUCAAGGGCGCUGAGGAGAAGAAUGCUAAGGGCGAGGUCAUCUGGCGAGAGGGCAAGCUGAAGACUGGAUUCGAGCGGCCCGUGGUGAUCCACCGGGCCAUCUUGGGCUCCGUAGAGCGAAUGUCGGCGAUCCUCAUCGAGCACUACGCUGGCAAGUGGCCCUUCUGGUUGUCGCCGCGCCAGGUGAUGGUGGUCCCCGUGAGUGCGCAGUACAACGAGUACGGGGAGUGGGUCGUCAAGCAGCUCACCUUGCACGGCGUUUAUGCUGAUGUCGACACGAGCGGCAAGACCUUGCCGAAGAAGGUCCGCGAGUCGCAGAUGGCGCAGUGGAACUACAUCUGCGUGGUAGGGGAGAAGGAGGAGGGUGCCCUUGGCGUCAACGUGCGACAGCGCGACGUGGAGAAGCCGCUGGGCGACUUCAGCAUGCUCGACUUUAUAGCCAAGCUCAAGGCGGAGGGGAUGCCCUGCUCGCAGCAGCUCAACACCUUCGAGCCGUACAAGGGCCGACUCCCUCAGGUCCCGGAUGCCGCCCCGGCCCGAGGGGCCGCGCAGGCCGCCCCGAACGGCGCCGCGGCGAGGCCGCCGCUCAACCGCCAGAACUCGCUGCAGCAGCGCAAGCCGCAGCUGGCUGGGGACGUUGAGGACGACGUGGAGAGCGCUUCCUGGAGGGCCACCCCUACGUGAAGGGCUUCCGCCCCACCGCAGCGGACGCGGAGCUGUUCGCCCAGCUCUCGCAGACGGGCUUCCCGGAGACGCCCAACCUGAGGCGCUGGUACGAGCACGUCGACUCCUUCACGCCGAUGCAGCGGGCGGCGUGGCCGGCCGCCUGAGAGGCUGCUGGGCAGGGGCCUGCCCGGGCAGGGCGCGUGCCCCCGGGCGCCGGCCAGGAGGCCUCCCGCGCCGGCCUCGCCGCUCCAGCCGGUGGCGCGCAGAGGUCGAGGAGGAGGAGGAGGAGGACGUCGAGGCUAGGACCACUUCGGGCUCGGGGGGCGGCCUUGGUUUCGGGCCGCUCCCCGGAUCUGGGCGGGCGACCCUCCUCCGGACCGAGGGGCGCCGUGGCCAGAGAGGGGCCCUGUCGCUCCCGACGGAGCGUUUGUCCGUGGGAGCAGCGACGGCUGCAGGCGGCUCUCAGAUGGGGGUCCGAGGCUUCUUGGCAGAACGGGGGGAAUUCGUGUUUGGUAUGCAGCGCGCCUUCUCGGCAUGCCCACGCCCUCGCCCCAGCCCCCCUCUGGCGUGCCGCCGCUGCGCUCCUCCGCAGGCGCGCUUCCGGCCGUGUCCUGUGAGACCCCCCCUGAAGGCCCGUUUUUCCCCACGGUCGAUGGCCGCGCAUCCCGCACCCGCUGGGGCCGCGAUCAGUGUACAGCGGUGUGGACCGACUAUCACGCGGUCCCGUGCAGUAAGAGCGCUGGAGGAG